GCUGCAAAACAGCUGAAGAAGCAAGAGAAGAGCAUCUGGGGCAAGAAAGGAAUGAAACAGAAGGGCAGAAAGGAAAACAGGACAAGUGAGGAUGGAGAGCGGACGCUGAAGAAGGAUAGAAGUCUGUAAUGGAGCCAGAGAAAAGAAACUGCAGGUCCCAGUCUCCAGAAGGUCUAAAAGGUCCACGAUGAGCAGGAAAUGGGACUCAAACUCUUCAGAAAACUGGAAUCACACCUGCAGUAGCAAUGACACACAGCAACCCUGGUACUCGGAUAUCAACAUCACCUAUGUGAACUAUUAUCUUCACCAGCCUCAAGUGGCAGCAAUCUUCAUUAGUUCCUAUUUCCUGAUAUUUUUCCUGUGCAUGGUGGGAAAUACUGUAGUUUGUUUUAUUGUAAUAAGGAACAAACACAUGCACACUGUGACUAAUUUCUUCAUCUUAAACCUGGCAAUAAGUGAUUUGCUGGUUGGAAUAUUCUGCAUGCCUAUCACAUUGCUGGACAACAUCAUAGCAGGAUGGCCAUUUGGAAGCAGCAUGUGCAAGAUCAGUGGGCUGGUGCAGGGAAUAUCAGUCUCCACUUCAGUCUUUACCUUGGUUGCCAUAGCCGUGGACAGAUUCCGGUGUGUGGUCUACCCUUUUAAGCCAAAGCUCACUAUCAAGACAGCAUUUGUCACUAUUGUGAUCAUCUGGGGCCUGGCCAUCGCCAUUAUGUCUCCAUCUGCAGUAAUGUUACACGUACAAGAAGAAAAAUACUACCGUGUGAGACUCAGCUCCCACAAUAAAACCAGCACAGUCUACUGGUGUCGGGAGGACUGGCCGAACCAGGAAAUGAGGAGGAGCUACACGACUGUGCUAUUUGCCACCAUCUACCUGGCUCCGCUGUCCCUCAUUGUUGUCAUGUAUGCACGGAUUGGGGCUUCCCUCUUCAAGACUUCAGCCAAUUGCUCCGGAAAGCAGCGCCAGGAGCAGUGGCAUGUGUCCAAGAAGAAACAGAAGGUCAUCAAGAUGCUGUUGACUGUGGCCCUCCUUUUUAUGCUUUCCUGGCUGCCCCUAUGGACCCUGAUGAUGCUCUCGGACUAUGCUGACCUGUCUCCUAACAAACUGCUUGUCAUCAACAUCUACAUCUACCCCUUCGCCCACUGGCUUGCCUUUUGCAACAGCAGUGUCAACCCCAUCAUUUACGGUUUCUUUAACGAAAAUUUUCGCAGUGGUUUCCAAGAUGCGUUCCAGAUCUGCCAAAAGAAAACCAAACCCCAGGAAACCUAUGUCCUAAGAGCUAAAAGCAACAUGGUCAUAAACACAUCUGGCCUGCUGGUCCAGGAACCUGCAUCUCAAAACCUAGGUGGGGAACAUUUGAUGUGUGGAAAAAGUGCUGAAAACCCCACACAGGAAUUCCUGGUGGAAGAAAUGAGAGAAGCUACUAAUAGUACUGAGGUUUAAAAAGAGCGCAGGGCUGAGAGGGACAGUGUUAUGUAGUAUAUGAGUAUGGAUAUGUCUUUAAAUACUGCUGCUUAGUGUGACUUUGUAUUUCUAAUACUCUGGUGAAAGCCCAUUUUGUCAAAAAUCUGAAGGUAUAAAAAUGGCCUUCCUAACCAGUCUUACGUAAUAUGAAAUAUUCAGUGACUUUCAUAUUUGCCUGAAAUUUUCCACCAUCUGACCAUUCCCACUUUAACCAUUUGUUUUAUGCGAGCGAAGAAAAUCAAAUGUGUUUGUUUUGUGAGUCUUUCAUUUAGUCUGUCUGUCUAUCCAUUCAUCUUUUCUUCUGCCCUCUGUCAUCUAUCUGUCUAGAACUGUGGUUCUCAACCUAUGGGUUGCAACUCCUUUGGGGGAGUCAAAUGACCCUUUCACAGGGGUUGCCUGAGACCAUCAGAAAACACGGAUAUUUACAUAACAUUUCAAAAUAGUAGCAAAUGAAGUAGCAAUGACAUUUUAUGGUUGGGGGUCACCACAACAUGAGGAACUCUAUUAAAGGGUUGAAACCUUAGGAAAGUUAAGAACCAUUGAUCUAGAAGAACACAUAUCUACUAAAUUGUGAUGAAAAUGUACUGUGCAUGAAAGUACAUUUUGUCAAUUCUCCAGUUGAUUUUGUAUUUGAAAUUUUAGACUUACUAAUGUGCUCUGAUUUUUAAAUGGGUUUAGUCUUUUAAGAAAAAAUAUUGGGUUAUCUGAAGCCUUUGCUACUGAUUUCUCAUUGCUGUCAAUUAACCUGGGUUACUCUUGAAGAAAGAUGUUGCAGGUCCAUCAGCAAUAAUGUCCCUGGUCACUUCACUUUAUGUGUUAGAACUGCAAUACCAGGGAAGGGAACACAGAUUUCUUUCAAUUUAAAGGUUUUUUUUUCCUUUGAAAAUUACAAAGUUAGAGAAAUCAUAAUAGUCCAUAGAAGUUACUACUGAGGCUGGAGAGAUGGCUCAAUGGUUAAGACCAUUUAUAGAUCUUGUUGAUGGACUCCAUCACUAACGUGGUGGUUCACAACCACCCACAACUUAAAUUAUCUGAAUCCUCUUUAGACUUCUGCAGCUACCAGGCACAAAUGUGGGGCAGAUACACACACGCAGGCAAAGCACUUAUACACAUAAAAGUUAAAUACAUCUAAGAAAGUUCUUAAAAGAAAUUACUGUUGACUUUUUCAUAUUUUCAUGGUUUGAGAUCUGCAUUUUGACAGAAGAGCCAAGCAAAAGAAGAAAUUCUUUCACAGCGCAGCAGAUGUCAGGGAGUGCCAUGUCUUCCUUCUCUUUGAAAGAGUGACAUCAGAGCUGCUGGGCCAUCAUCCUAAGAGUUCCCUGACCUAUAGACAGAGCAAGGAUUCUUUUCCACACUUUCUACUGGAACCAAUAUUUAAAUAUAUCGUUCAUAGUUUAGUAAGUUAGCACUAAGGUAUAAAAGAGAAUUGAUAACCCCCUGUUACCAUUAUGCAGUGUAGUGAUUUUAAGUGCUAAGUUUAUCUUGAGUUCCCAGAAAGUUGAAAAUUAUAACAAAACACUUUAUUUGGCAGAUAAGAAUACAUCCUGGAUAUUGAGAGCCCAUGUUCUUGAAGUCAUUGCUGCAGUUCAAGCUGAAAGGUUUCCAACAGGCCGGCAAGAGUUAAUUAUUGAGGUUCGAUCUCAACUGAGUCAUGAUAUGCUCCUUCCUGCCAUCCGGGUGCACAGCUCUGUGAACCUUUAGGUUAGGAAUUCCUCCCUAUUGUCUUGAUUUCUUGAACUUCUGCUUAUAGUUGGUGAAAUUGGACAUUACAAAUUAUUCACUAGAGACUGUGACUUUCUCGUGGCAUUGAGACCUGGAUAGACAUUUGACCAGUUCUUAGAACUCUCCCAAAACCCUCAGCUCCUUUCUUCCUGUGUUCCAUCAGCCAUGUCCCCUCACUGCCUCUUUCUUAAUGCUUGUGGUCCUUCUUUCUGUGUUCUAUCAACUAUGUCCCCUCCCUGCCUCUUUCUUAAUGCUUGUGGUACUCAUUGCUGGAUUGUGUCCUGCCGUGGUCUUGAUGCUUUUAGCUCUUUCUAUAGUCGGCAGAAUCAUCUUCCUUAAGUAGAUAGUGAAUUUGUUCUCCAGUGUAAAAUGUUCUUGGAAGCUCCAUUAAAAUAUGUACAGGCCCCAGGCUAGCCAAGGCCUGCCCCGUAUCAGCUCUUUGUAUCUUUGACAAAAAUUAUUUUUAAACUCUUAUCAAACUAAGAUGCUCAGCCUAGAUUGUUCAUGCUUUUUAUUUACUGGUUUUUCUACUUCUUCAACUUCCUGUGUUAGCAUUCUUGAACAUCUGUUCAAAGGAGUCCCCUCAAGAAGCCCGUCUACAUUCUUAGUGUAGACAACUCCAUCAUCAUUCCAGUGCAUAGAUGAUGCACAGAUAAGAGGUUUUGCUUUUAAUAAACUGGAACAACAAAGGGAAGGAUGGAGAACACUAAAAUGUCCAAACAUGUGUACUUAGCAUUAGGGUUAUGGAAUUGUAGAAAAUUGAGCACCUAUCUGCUAGGGUAAGACUUUGGACAAAUAUAUUUUCCAUAGCUAAAUUGUCUCAUUUACAAGACUAGAAUCACAAUGGGUUUAUGCAUUUGCUAUUCUGUGAAUAUCAUGUGAUGGGAGAGACAAGGUCAUAAAAUGAAAAGCAGAGUGAUUAACAUUUAGUAUAAGGAAAUGUUGAUAUUUUCAUUGUACUGUAGUUAUAGUACUAUAACAUAAUAAUAUAAUCUUAACACCAUGUAAAGUGAUUUUCAAAAUGUUCUUUAGGCCUCACAAAAGUAAAUAAACUGGAACAACAAAGGGAAGGAUGGAGAACACUAAAAUGUCCAAACAUGUGUACUUAGCAUUAGGGUUAUGGAAUUGUAGAAAAUUGAGCACCUAUCUGCUAGGGUAAGACUUUGGACAAAUAUAUUUUCCAUAGCUAAAUUGUCUCAUUUACAAGACUAGAAUCACAAUGGGUUUAUGCAUUUGCUAUUCUGUGAAUAUCCUCAUUUUUUGGAAGGCAGAACCAAGUCCAUAGAAGCUUGUUUUCCUAAUUUUUUUUAAUGCAUAUGCUUGAAUAUCUGUAGGAGGGUUAUGCCACAUGUAUAUAGGUGCCUGUAUGGAGGAGAUCAGAGGAGGGUGUCAGAUCCCCUGAAGUUUGAGUUAAUAUGUGGUUGUGAACUACCUGAUGUUGGUGAUAGGAACCAAAUUUGGGUUCACUGAAAGAGUAGUAAGUACUCUUAACUCAUGUCCCUAAAAUCUUAAGACUUAAGAGUUAUAAAAAGAAAAACAAAGGUUGGGAAGUCAAUGUACAUAAUUCAAAAACUAUUUUAACAUUUUCUCCCAAUGUUAUAAAUAAUAAAUAGAAUAAACUGCAUGUCUUUUUAUGAAGGAGAACCACUGGCUUAAAGACUUAUUCUAUCCAGCCCUAAGAUCAGCACCUUACAGCUCAUCUCCAUCAGUAGCAAAACACUUUCAGAAGACAAGGAAUGAUGGAACGGACAGCUCUAAUACAAGAAGUAAUGAGACAGACAAUUUUGAAACACUUUUGGCUUCUACUAUUGCUUUUUCACGAAGUUAUCAAUGCACAGCCCACACUAUGCAGCUGACUGUCUCAGAGUAGCCUCACACCAUACUCAAUGUCUUUCUUGAACUUUGCUACUCUAAGAAAUGAAAAUGCAUUUGAAUUGACUGUUUUGCUUACUAGCUAGUACACUGUUCUUUGUUUCUAACUAAUUUAUACUUCUUCUAAUUCUUUGACCACUUCUCCAGCUUGUUUUGUCUUUUCUUUCCUUUUUAUGCAUCUUUUGUGCUUUAGGCAUAUGAGUCCUCAGCAACAGGCAGAAAAUAUCACUUCGUUGCAUCAGAAACAUCACAGUUUAUUUUUGAUUAUUAUUGUUGCUUUUAACUUGGAAGAAAAACCAGAGUGUUUAUUAACACUUGCAUGUCUUUGCUUUUUCUGUCCUGAUCAACUUCUUGACAUCCUCUGAAACCACCACUCAAUUUGUCACCUUGGCCACCUGACUAAUUCCUUUUUCCUCUCCCAAGUUCUUUGUAGAUCCUGGAUUUCCCACCUGUCUUCUGAUAGAUGCACUCUCCCUAUUUCCCUUCACGUGUAGGCUCCUUCUCUUCCUCCAGGACUCAGCUCAAACUCUACCUGAUCAUUUCCUCCAUAGUAGAUCUCAUUAUCUCUAAUAUCUUGAAAUUUCACUUAUGUACUUGUGUAAUAUCUCUAUCCCCUACCAAACAGUAAACUGUAAGGCAAAGAUUUUGUCUCAUAUUUCAUUUUAUUCCAAGUCCCUAAGAAGGUACUUGGCACACAAUAGACACAUGAUAAAUAUUUAUUAAAAAAUAAAUUGAACAGUUACAAAUAACUUCUUGGUUUUAGUUUAUUAAUUAUGUACAAGCCAUAUAUUAUUUUCUAUUGUUGAAGGAAACCCAGAAUUCAAUAGAAGUGUUAGGUAAUACUGAAAUGCAAAUUAUGUAAAAUGAAAACCAUUAAUUAUCCCACUUUCAUGUAGCAAUAAUCAUUUUGUCUACUUUGGGGUCUGUGUGCAUGGUUUCAUUAAUAAGGAUAUGGUUCUAUGAUCUAUGCUUUAUAGCUGUUUUAUUAGUUUAGUGUGUCACAGAUAUGUUUCCAUGUUGUUUAGGAGUUUUCCAAAUUAUUUUAAUAAUUUCAAUGUCAUUCCAUUAUUUACUAAGCUUCUCUGUGGCUGGAAAUGUCACCAAAGUCUUCAUUUUGUUAAAUGUGUAAUUAUGUAAAAUUCUUAUAACACUGAACAUAUUCUAGCAUCUCAGAAUAGACCGAGAAGAAAUGAAAUUGCUUGACUAAAAUGCACUUCUUAAUAUCUUAAUAUUCACUGUAAGAUUCUGCUUAAUUCUUUAGAAGCACUUUAUAUCCAUCUGAGGUAUAAGAUAAUCUAUUCACAUAUGCUCUCAAAUAUUGCAUAUUCUAGAAAACUUCUUUUUCUAACCAAUUUGGUGAGAAAACAUUAUCUCAUGCGUUAUGGUUUGAAUGCUUAAUGUUUCCCACUGGCUCAUGUGUUUGAAUACUUGGUACCAUAAAACUAUUUUUUUUUUUUUUUUGGUUUUUCAAGACAGGGUUUCUCUGUGUAGCUUUGCGCCUUUCCUGGAACUCGCUUUGGAGACCAGGCUGGCCUCGAACUCACAGAGAUCCGCCUGGCUCUGCCUCCCGAGUGCUGGGAUUAAAGGCGUGCGCCACCACCGCCCGGCUAUAAAACUAUUUUUGAUGUCUUAUGAAGUCUGGGGAGUCCAAGGGCUGGAGGCCAGGUAGCAGAAGUAGGUCACUGGGAAGCAGCCUUGAAGAUGGUAUCCACUUCUGCUUCUUGCUCCAUGCUCUCUGCUGCCUGACCCACCAUGUGUGAACAAGCAGUGCAACAAGGUCCUGCUACUGUGGACUAAGCAGUUCAGGUUAGUCUUUCCGCCAUGAUGAACUGUAACCUUUUGAACUGUGAGCCAAAUGAGCCUUUCUUGUCUUAAGAUGCUCUAUUGGGUACUUUAAUCACAAUGAUGAGAAAAGUAACACACACACACACACACACACACACACACACACACACAGUACUGAGAAGUGGAGUAACUUUUGUGACCGUCUAUAUUGUUUUAAACUUUUGGAGAUGGUAUGUAGAAGGAGUGUAGAACAGAUUGAAGCUUGUAGAGUCUUAUGCAGGUUGGGUCCUAGAACCUUGACUAGGGACUUGUUGGGGGGGAAGGGGACGACAAAGAGAGGACAGACACACAGACACAGGUACAGUAAAACUGGGAUCAGGUGAGGUUCUCUAGCAGCUGCAACAAGGAACCUCACUAUGUUAGAUAUCGCACAGGGGCAGGACUUGGCUAGGUAUGUGUAGGAGGUCUCUGUAGGCAAGCAGUCUCUGGCUGUAAACAUCCAGGAGUAGGAAGCAGCAGUUGUUAGUCUUUGCACACACUGACCAAUUGUUCAUAAACACUCAGACUCUCAAGGAGAACUAUACUACCCCUCUUGAGCCUAGUUGUAUAAAGAACUGGCUUUGUGGGAUUUUCCAUGGGUCUGAGCCUUGGAGUCCUCAAAAGGGCCAUGCCCAUGUCAAAUACACAUUCAUGCAGGACUUCACACACUCAGGGCUUGCUCUGCUCCCUGCAGAUGCUAUGGAAUAGAAAAUAUCUAGAAUGUUGAAAACAGAGUUUAAAGGGCUAUUUUGAUGAGAGCUUGAAAGACCAGAAUGCUGAGGGAAAUGCAGACAGACUGUGAGUAAGAGGCUUCAGAGAGGAACAGGACUAUAUUGGGAACUCUGUUAAAAGACAUUAGUGUUACAUUCUGCCAAUUAAUCUGGCUCCAUUCUGCUCAUAUCUUCAAAAUGUGUAUGAUGCUUAAUUCAAGGCAGCAUGACAUGCAAGCCAUGGUAUAGUUGUUUCUCGGUGCUAACAGCCAUGUUUAUAGUGAGAAUCUAGAGGAAAAAGUAGAACAGGAUGAUGUGGAAAGGGCACAUUUGAUAAAGGGGGAAUUGGCGUUCUAAACUUGGAAGGCUGAAACACGCAGAUUGCCAUGGAGUCAGGCUCAUUAUGGGCUUCAUAGUUAUCUCCAGGCCACCUAAGCUACACAGUGAGACUUCAUCUCAAAUCAAUAAAUAAAUGAAGUCAAGUUGUGGACAAGGUGGAUACAGAGAAAUGUAUAUGAAUAUUUAAGAUAUUAGUGGCACUAUUGAGAAAUUGUACACUUCAAAUUGAGAUAAUAGAAUGCCUUGAGAACAAGACUCCACUUGUGGAAGUCUCUAGCCUCUACAAAUGGGAACCCAUUUAAAAGACAUUCUUUUCAAAGGUAAAUGACACCACAGAGUCAUGGUACUAGAACAAGUUCACCAAAGGAAGUGAUUUCUCAGGUCAUCCAAUUAAGCACUCAGAGGCCACUGUAGCUGUGUUGGAGGAGGGGUAGCUAAACCUCAUUAUAUCAUAAUGGAAGCUUACAUCCAGGGGAUGUGGGAGUGUGAGGGUGGGGGGAUCUUAAGGUAAGUCACUGUACAGCUGAUCAGAUUCCCUGAGGAGCAAGUGUGUGGUGAAGCUAUGUAGACAAAACCCAAGUUGCAGUAGAGACCCCAGGAAAUUGAAGAUGCUAGGACUGGGAGGUGUGUCUGCCAAGGAAAGGUUGAGGCACUGAAUAGAGACAGCUUAAGAGUGAGCCAAUUUAUUAUGACAAUGGCAGAAUGGUAGGCACAAGGCUGCCCAAGCCUAAUAGAUCUUAGACAAUGCCACCACAUGCCACAAACACUGCGCAAAGACUUAUAGGAAUUAAUUUCUAUUCUGCUGGUCAGUCUAGUCUCCAUCUGCUCAUUCCUGCUUAUGAUUCUCUUGCUUCCUUUUUGAAUAGAAAUAUUUACUUCUUGCCAUUGUAUACUACAAUUAUACAAUAAAAACGACUUCCUUUUGGGUUUUGCAGGGGCUCACUAUUAAGAAAUUAACUUGAGUCUCAGCAGAGAAUUGGGACUUUUGAAAGGCAUUAGCUCUGUUAAGAGUACAAGCGUUUUGAAGUUUGACUGAAUGCAUUUUGCAUUGUAAGAAUGCUAUGACCCUUUAGAGGCUGGGGGUGGAAUUCGAAAUGUUCCCCCACAGGCUCAUGUGUUUACAGACUUAGUUCUCAGCUGGUGGUGCUGAUUUGGGAGGUUAUAGAACUUUGGAGACAAGACUAACUAGCUAAAAGUAGGUCAAGGCUACCAGCCUUGAAAUUGGUAUCUGCUUCUGAUGUCUGAACUUUCUGCUUCCCAAUGUGCCAAAGCAUGACUGAGUCACACUGAAGUUUCUGCCACAAUGACUUGGUUGCUUUAGGCCUUCCAUCUACCAUCACCUCCAUGAGGGACUGGUGACCUCUUAGUUGUAAGCAAAAUUAAACCCUCCUUACUCCUCAACUUGGUUGUGCCGAAUUUUUUCUUACAGCAACAUGAAGUUUAAUAAAUAUUGUUUGUAACAUGAAUUGCUAAACGGUCUUUUAAUAAAAAACCCAGAGUCUGAUAUUGGGGUAAAUGCUGAAAGAUCAGAGAGACAAAGGAGCAAGCUACUGCCACAUCUUACCUUGCCAACUCCACAAAUCCACUGACUGAAUAUCUCUGAAGCUCUCUAGCUGAAAAGCAUUAAGUUCCUGUCUCCUCACGCCUUAUAUACCUUUCUCUGCCCAGCCAUCACUUCCUUCUUAGUACUGGGAUUAAAGGUGUGUGUGCUUCCCCAAGCAAAGGCAUGAGAUCUCAAGUGCUGGGAUUAAAGGCAUGUGACUCCCAAGUAUUGGGAUUAAAGGUGUGUGCCACCACUGCCUGGCUCUGUUUCUCUCCUAGACUGAGUCAAUCUCACGUAGUCUAACAUGGCUCUGAACUCACAGAGAUCCAGAGGGAUCUCUGCCUCCUGAGUGCUAGGAUUAAAAGUGUGUGCCAUCACUGCCUGGCUUCUAUGUUUAAUCUAGUGGCUUGUUCUGUUCUCUGAUCUUCAGGCAAGUUUUAUUAGGGUACACAAUAUAUCACCACAUUUGUUUAUUUUUAUUUUAUUGGUGUACAUUUGAGCAUGGAAAAUAAGUUUUAUACAGCAUGAUUAAUUUCUACUCCUCUUUAUCUGUAUUCAUUUGCAUUUACUUUUUGGUUAGUUUUCUGUUAACAUCUUUGCCCACAUUUCUGUUUGAUUAUUUUAGUAUUUUCCUUAGUUAAUUAAUUGUAAAAGGACUUUCUAAUUCAGAAUCCUAUUCUUUGGCUACCAGGUAGAUUUCAAUACUUUGCCCAUUUUAUAUGUACAUAUGAGUGUAUGGAUGUACUCAUAUAUAUUGGUACUGUGAAAGUUUUUUUUAAGGUGCUUUAAAAAUAAUGGAUGUGCAUAUCCUUUUGUUUUGUUUGUUUGUUUUGCUUUUUUGUUUUUAGUUUUUUGUUUUCUGUUUUGUUUUGUUUUGAGACAGGGUUUUUCUGUAUGGCUUUGGAGCCUAUCUUGGAACUCAGUCUGUUGACCAGAUUGGACUUGAAUUCACAGAGAUCUGUCUGCCUCUGCCUCCUAAGCUCUGGGAUUAAAGGAGUAUACCACCACUGCCUGAUUGCCUACCUUUUUUGUAAAGCUCUUCCUGAGGGCUGUCAUCCAGGAACCCAUGUUCCUUCCCUCUAUUGCUCCUCUUCACCUAUAGCAGGGGUCAGAAAAGUACCAUAAAAUCUGGUCUGCCAUCUAUUUUGGUAAAUAAAAGUAUAUUGGAAUACAAUCUGCUCAUAUUUUAGCAUAUUUUCUGUGAUUGCUAUCGUGCAACAAAAGAAGAGUUGGGUAGUUAUGACUGAUACCAUAUAGUUCACAAAGGGUAAACUAUUUGCUAUCUGAACAAAUCAAUAAAAGCCUGCAAAUCAGGCUUGGAGUAUCAUCUUGUCUCCAUGACUACAUGGGCAACAACUUAUCAUGAACAUAUUUAUAUAAAGGAUCAUGGGAAUGGAAAGGGAGGAAUAAUUGGUUAGACAGUUAAUUUUAAGCUAGAAUGUAGACUAUGCUCACAAAGUCAGAAUCAUGGUUCAAGGCAAGGUGGGAGGGAAAUGUAGAAAUGUAGUCUUCAGAUGAGCACAAAUACUUACAAAUGAAAUUCUCCUGCUAUUCAAAAAAGACAGAACAGCCUAUUCAUUUUUACAUGGUUGGAGUGAAUAAAUUUUCCAUGUUUUACAUUAACCUUAGCUUUGACUUCAAGAAGCCUUUUCAAGUCUUUAUGUAAGUUAUGUAUCUGAAUUGAUUAGAAGAAAUAGACUCUUCCCCCAGAGAUGCCUGUGCCUGAAUUCCUGGUACUUCUGAAUGUCACUGCAUUCUUUUUGUAGUUGGCCAAAGGAACUUCAUUGAUGUAACAGACUUAAUAAUCUAGAGAUAGGAUGUCAUCCUGAAUUGUCCAGGUGGCCAGCAUAAGCACAAUGGAGAUGCAGUGAGGAGAGGCAGAUGGUGACAUGGAGCAGACCCUUCCGAGGUGAGAAGCUUAGAAAGUUUGUCAUUAGAGUUGGAGGAAGGAAACACAUACUAAAUCAUGUGAGUGAUCUCAUAAAAGAGAAAAGGCAAAUGUUUUAUCCACUGUUCUAUUGCUAUAAAGAGAAACCAUAACCAUAAAAGAAAGCAUUUUGUUGAGGGUUUGUUUACACUUUCAGAGGGUUAGUCCACUAUCUUAGUCUAUUAACAUCAUGGCAGGAAACAGACAGACAUGGCACUGGAGCAGUAACUGAAAGCUUUGCAUCCUGAUCCUCAGGCAGGCAGAGAGAGAGAGGGAGAGGGAGAGGGAGAGGGAGAGGGAGAUUGGGCCUGGUAUGGGAUUUUAAACAUCAAAGCCCACUCCCAACAAUAUACUUCCUCCAACAAGGACACACCUACUCCAACACACCUCCUAAUCCUUCUAAACAGUUCAUCAGCUGGGCACUAAGAGUGCAAGUAUAUGAGCCUAUGGGGCACAUUCUCAUUCAAAUGAUCACAGUAAGGAAGUAUGUUUCCUAGGGCUUCCAGAAAGGAAAAUACCCUCAUAAAUUACUUGGAUUUAGCUCAGUGAAAUCUAUGUUGGAUUUAUGUCCUACAGGAUAGUAAACUAUGCAUUCAUUAAGCCAAAAAAUUAGUGGUAAUUUGUUAUAUCUACAAUAAAAAAAACUCAUAUGGAAAUAUGUAGUCAUAGGUGAGAGAUUGUCAUAACAAACUUAUGUGAUGUUGGCCAGAUUAAUUCCAGUGAAGAGAUAGGGAAGAUUGUGAGGAGAAUGUUAGGAAAAGCUUAGGUUGCUUGAAAAAAAACCUCCUAGUAAAAAUACAUUUCAGUAAGAAUACUAUCAAUUCUAUGUGGGAGGAAGCAGAAGGAAAUGACCACCAUGGUAGAGACGACUUUCUAUCACCUUAAAACAUGUGUAUACUGCAAAAAUCUGGUUACUUUUAGAGGUUCAGAAGGAAAUGAGAAUUGUGUUAUGGUUAUUAGAGAAAAGGAGAUCUUUGGUACACAGUGGCACAGUUUGGCAGGAUUGUGUCCUGUUUAGAGAAACACAUUGUUAAUAAUGAACUUGGAUAUUUAUCAGAGGGUUUUCACAAGUACUAAGGAUUGAACUCAGGGCUUAGCUUGAGCUAACCAAAAAGCACAUGGCAUUUUGGAGAAAUGUGUUUUUAGUGUGCUUGAUGGCUCAUUGAUGCUUCAUGUAAAAUUCUAAAGGAAAGAGAUCAAUUAAGAAACCAAACUGUCAAAAGAUAACAGUGGUAAAACGCAACCUUAUCCUGGGAAAUUCAGAGCCUAUACAAAUUGCAAAUCCAGGCUUUGUCCCUCGUUGAUAGCUGCAUGGUUUACAUGUAUAGGACUCAAAAUCUCCAUUAUAAUCAGGAUUUGCUUGUUACCAGCUGCUUGGCUAUGUGUGAGAGACUCAGUGUCCCCAUCAAAUUGCCUGCUUGCUGCCAACUGCAUAGUUGUGUAAGGAACUCAACCUCUCCAUCAAAUUCAGUCUAUACUGCUCAUUGUUGGUUGCAUGUGUGAGAGCCUUGAUUUCUCUAAGCAUCAGUGUACUCAUCUGUGAAAAAUAUAGCAGCAUGUCUUCACAGAUGAGUUCUAUGACAUAAAGCACUGGACAAUGUUUAGUUUUCUUAUAGUGAUGUUGGUAAUUUGUCUCACAUACCAUGUAUUUUGGUAGGACAAGUCUAUUUUUCCAAAUCAAUUUCAAAAUGAUACUGUAAUAUCCUUAUUGCACCUUGGAUAAAAAAAUAUGUUAUAUGAUUGUGAA